AUGGAUUUGCUGCGCCUCCUCCUCAUCCUGCUGGCCAUGUGCUGUCCUGCGUACGGCACAUGGGACAGCUGUGGAGGGACCUGCGGGCUCCGGCCCAUGGCUUUUCAGUACGGCACGUCGCGCGUCGUGGGUGGCACAGAUGCCCAGGCAGGGGCCUGGCCCUGGAUCGUCAGCAUCCAGAAUCCCUGGCAAGCGGGCACGGGUCAUACCUGCGGAGGCUCCCUCAUCAGCGCACAGUGGGUCCUGACAGCAGCCCACUGCUUCAUCGAGGCCAGCUACAUCACCAUGUGGCGCGUGGUGAUCGGUGCCACGCGGCUGACUCAGCUGGGCCCUGAGGCCCAGGUGCGCAACAUCAAGCGGCUGCUCCUUCACCAAGGCUACAGUAACAUCACGCAGAGGAACGACAUUGCCUUGCUGGAGCUGGACCAGCCUGUGCAGUGCAACGCCUACGUUCAGCUUGCCUGCGUGCCCGAUGCCUCGCUGAGAGUCUCGCAGCUGAAAAACUGCUACAUCAGUGGCUGGGGUGCCACGACUGCAAGAUCUGGACGAUCAACGGAUGUGCUGCAGGAGGCCCAGGUCCGCCUCAUUGAUGUCAACGUCUGUAACAGCAGCCGGUGGUACAGAGGGGCCAUCCACACGCACAACGUCUGUGCUGGCUAUCCGCAGGGCGGCAUUGACACCUGCCAGGGGGACAGCGGUGGGCCUCUCGUGUGCCAAGACAGCAGUGCAGACUACUUCUGGCUUGUUGGUGUCACCAGCUGGGGGAGAGGCUGUGCCCGAGCCAGGCAGCCCGGAGUCUACACCUCCACUCAGCACUUCUACGACUGGAUCCUGCUACAGAUGGGCCUGCGCCCAGCAGUGAGGGCUACUCCAACAGCACGCGCUUGGAGUCAUUUUGUCACCACCUCAAGCCCCGUUCCGAGGCCAAGGCCCACAGCAGCGCAGUCGGGCGGCUCCUGCCCGUUUCCAGUCCAGAAGCUGCUGGACUUCUUUAGCCGGCUGCAGGAGCUCCUGCAGUACCUAAGGGGAAAAACGGUGUGA